AUGUCUCCCAUCCGCGUAGGCUUCGUCGGUCUUUCCAGUACAGGAUGGGCGUCCAUAUCCCUUGCUCCUCCUCUUCUCUCGUCUCCCCUCUCUUCACAUUACACAAUCACUGCAUUAAGCACCUCGUCCCCCCAGUCCGCUCAGCUCGCUGCCGAGAAAUACACCGCCCUUUCGCCUCGUUCUCCUCAAGUACAAGUGAAACCGUAUCACGGCUCCACUUCUUCCAUUGCCUCCGAUACCGAUGUAGACCUUGUUGUGGUCUCUGUGAAGACGCCGGACCACAAAAUGGCUUUGGCUCCAGCGAUAGAGAAGGGAAAGGACGUCUUUGUGGAGUGGCCUUUGGGGAACGGGUUAGAGGAGGCGAAAGAGUUGGCUGGGAUGGCGAGGGCAAAAGGCGUCAGGACUAUGGUAGGGAUGCAGGGGUGGCAGAUACCUGAGGUAAAGAAGGUGAAGGAAGUGAUCCAAGCGGGAAGAAUUGGAAGGGUACUAUCUUCGACCUUCGUAAGUGCUCACUUUCGCUGGUCCCUUCCAUAUCUAUUUCGAUAUCAUCUUCGUGACCACCAAUGGUUUAGAUCGGCAGCAAGCCCUCAGAGGUACCUUACUGGGCACCGUUUACUGAUCACUUUCAUACAGGCUCUUGGACCUCUCACUUCCCUCAGCGCAACAUCAACGCAGCUACUCCCCACCAUUCAAUUCAUUGAUUCCUCUCAUGCUGCUACCGGAGAACCAAUUUUAUCUCAUCUACCCGACCAAUACUCCCUUUCCGGCAUCCUCAAAGAUUCUGGAGCUCUCUUCACCGCAACAUGGCGCGGCGGAAUUUCUUCGGCUGGAGAGAAGAAUGGGAAUAACUCCCGACCGACAAUGAUAUGGACGAUCGACGGUGACGAGGGAUGGAUCAGGAUGGAGAGUACGGGUUCAGGCGGAAGCUUCAUGCAUGUUUAUGGAAUACAAAAGGUGUGGUUGAAUGGAGAGUUGAUUGAUGUAGAGAAGGACGGUUUGAAUAACUCGGGAAGGGCGUUCAUGGAAUUUGCGAAAGGUGACGAGGUGGGGGUAUAUCCGACGUUUGACGACGCGCUAGUGGUGCAUAAGCACGUUGAGGCUGUAAAGAUCAGUUCGGCGGAGGGGAGAAAGGUUGACAUCUCAUCGUUAUAA